GUCAUGAGCAUAGGGCUCGCCUAUGUGACAAAAUGAUCCUUCAGUGGCAGCCUGUGGGCAGCUGUGGGCCCACUCCCCACUCACGCACGAAUGCCCAGGUGACUUCUCUCUAUAUAUACAGUCCCUUCCUGACCCUGCAAGCCAGGCCUUCUAGGAGUCCUGGCUGGGACUGCAGGAGCCAAGGCCCCUUUUGAACAGAGCGCCCUCCACUUUCUUGUUCUCCCAUUCUGACUUUUGUCUUCAGACACAGGAUGCUGUCCUUUCCCCGUGUGGUAGCCUGCUCACGGACCUGCUCCCGCUUCCUUGGGCUGAGCCUAGGAACUGCAUCGCUGUUUGCCGCCGGGGCCAACAUCGCACUCCUCUUUCCUAACUGGGAUACGACCUACCUGACGAGGGGCCUCAUUGGCAAGCAUGCCAUGCUGGGUGCUGGGCUCUGGGGAGGAGGAUUCAUGGUACUCAUGGCAGCAACUCUCAUCUCCCUGACGGGCUACUUCAGCAACAAAGCACCCUGUCGGCACAUGCUCAUUGCUCUGUUGUCAAGCAGCCUGGCUCUGCUGGGGGCCUUGGUUUGCUUUGUCACUUCUGGAGUAGCCUUGAAAGACGGUCCCUUUUGUAUGUUCGACACCUCGUCCUUCAAUCAGACACAAGCUUGGAAAUUUGGCUAUCCCUUCAAAGAUCUCCCCAACAGGAAUUAUUUGUAUGAUCAUUCACUCUGGACCUCCAUCUGCCUGGAGCCCUCUAAGGCUGUGGUUUGGCACGUGGCCUUCUUCUCCACCCUCGUGUGUAUCAGCCUCCUCCAGCUUCUGCUGGUGGCCAUCCAUGUCGUCAAUAGCAUCCUUGGGCUGUUCUGCAGCUUCUGUGAGAAGAGCUAGGAAACAGAUGUCCUCUCCUGAACUGGUGUUCUCACUGCAAGCUUCCUCCAACCCUUUCUGCAAGAACAGGGUGGGAAUCCCCGUUAGGCCCUCCUGUAAGCUGCCAGCACCCUCCUGCACAUAGGGGGAAUGGUAGGAUAAAAUGAAAGUCACGCUGCAUGCUUUGAAGAUGACACCGUAAUAGAAAGAGCAAUGAAGUCAUUGCUGGUGUAUAGGGAAGAAUUUUUAAUCCGUAAGAUAAUUUCAUUUCAGCCUCUUGACAACCCCAUGAAAGUUGGCCACAUGUUAGGACAGAGAAGCCGAGACUCCCAAAGGGGGCUCUCCAAUCUCAAACACACAGCUAGGUGACCCCCCAAAUUCUAAAAUCAGGUUUACUAUUGUAAUAGACAUAACUGCAUUUCCUCCAAAGCAUAGAUAGGAACCCUUAGCACCAAUGUGACUGUAUUAGAGACAGGGCCUUCCUUAUAUGUAAUCAAGGAUACAUGUGGUGAUAAACGUGAGGGCCUGAUCCAGUAGGAUUGACAUCCUUACAAGACGGGCAAGAGGCUGGGCGUGAUGGUGCACACCUGUGGUCUCUAAGCUGGAGUCAGGAGGAUCAUCACUUCUAGACCAGCCUGGGCUACAUAUUGAGAUCCUGUUUCAAACAAACAAAAAAAGACUCAGGAAGAUGAGGCAGGAGGAUGGGCAGUUCUGGGCAAAUUAGAGAGACCCUGUCUCAAAAUAAUAGGGCCAAGGAUGUAGCUUACUGUUACAACAUAAGCAGAAUUCUGGGAUCAGUCUCCAAUACCGGAAAAGGACAGAAGGAGUGGAGGGAGAGGGGGAGGGAGGGAGGAAGGGGAAUAAAUACUCCAUGAGAGAAAGUUGCAGAUCCCCAUGCUUAUGAAGCCAAUGAAGAGUAUUGAGAGUAUGCUGGGCAUUUUCUUAGCAGGCAGUGCCUCAGAAAAACUCUUGGGAGAGAAGGGAGGAUAAGGUUCUUAAGAUCUAAAGGCUGCAGUCACAUCCCACCAGGUGCAGGCUGAGGGCUGGUUUUUAAACAAUAAUGGACCCUUUUCCAGAAGGGAGGGAGGAGGCCUUUGAUCUGACAAACAUCAUCCAGGUGUCAAUUCUCAGAGAAACUAUUCCAUUGUAUCUGCCUCUCUCCCAGCAGGGAAGAAGGAACCUUUGACCUAUAAAACACCUCUAGAGCUUCUUUUAUCAGAAGGAAGGAGAACCCUUUGUUUAAGGAAAGAUGAGGCUCCAGAGAGGAGGUGUGGGUUUAGGGUAAGCUGGCCUUUCCUAAACCUUUUCAAGGAGGGACCCAUGAAGUGGCUCAUGGGCAAAGAUGCUUGCUGCUAAACCCGAAGACCUGAGGCUUAAUCUCCAGAACCCACGUGGUGGAAAGAAAGAACAGACUCUUGUAAAUUGUCCUACCUCUACACACACACACACACACACACACACACACACACACACACCAUGGCACAUGCACAAC